AUGCUGGAAGCGUUAGUCGAGGCGCUGUUGCGGAGCCGACCGGAUGACGUGGAGAGCUUCAGUGCUGAAUGGCUACUCCAUUGGCACAAGGACCACCACGAAGAGCAGCAGGAGGAUCUGGAGCCGCUCCGAGCAGAAAGGGAUCACUAUCGUACCCAGCGUGACCAGCUUUUGCAAGAGCUUCAAGCACUUGGAGAAGGUGCACAGUGA